CAAAAAUGGCAGUGCGUGUGUGCGUUCUGCAGCUGCAUCCGGAAGUAUGGUGAACCUUUUGGUGGAUUUGUCUUGCCAGAUUAUAAAGUCUUCUAUUACUGGUUACAAGAAAAAGUGUUACUGUUCGAUGGACUGUGGAGGGCAACAAAGUCAAUCAUUUUUCCGUCGACUGAGCAACUCCAAUCAAAUCUCUCUCUUUCUCUCUCUUUCUUCUCCGGGGAAAAGGUUUUCGACUGUGAAAUGAUGGGCGGUGGUGGCGGAGGAGACACUGAACGUUGGCUAGCUACGGCGGAGAAAUUACUUUUAUCCGGAGACCUAAACGGCUCAAAAACCUACGCGAUCCGCGCAUGCGAGGCCGAUCACUCCCUCGUAGACCACGCCGAGCUAAUCCUCGCCGUCGCCGAUACUCUAAUUGCCGGAGAAUCUCGGAUUCGAGAAAGCACCGCUGAUCAUCCAAACUGGUACGCCGUGCUCCGCCUCGUUCGUCUCACUCACAACCCCAAACUCGUCGCGACUCAGUACAGCAGGCUCGCUGUGCUGCUCAACCCGAGUCAGAAUCGGUUUCCGUAUUCCGACCAAGCUUAUAGGCUGAUCUCCGAUGCGUGGUACGUUCUCUCCGAUCCUUCUAGAAAGGCAAUGUACAAUAGGGAGCUGCAGCUGAGUCAGUUUGGGCAACUCGGUCAAUUAGGGUUUCAGCUAUUCAAUCAGCCGCCGCAAUCUCCUAAACACCAGCAACAGCAACAUCAAGAAUCGCCACAACAUCAACAACAUGAAACGGUGCCGUUUCAGAACCAGAAAUUACCAUUUCAGCUUGAUCAACAACCGCAUUUUGCUCAGCCUCAGCAACAAAGAUCACAGUUUGAUCAGCAGUUGAUGCAAUCGCAGUCGUUGCAGGAGCAGCAACAAGCUUCAUGGCGUCAACAGUUUGGUCAAGAGCAGAGUGAGCCGAUCAGGAGUGGUUCGAGUAGUAGCGGUAAAGAGAGAGAGAGAUUGGAAACUCCCCGUGGAGGAAGAGAGAUCGCUAAACUUGAACAAUGCAACAGAAAGGAUCGGUCGUCUAGUGGUAGAUCUUAUGAGGCAUCGUCUCAAAGUCAUAGGUCUCCUUCAACAGAUAUCACAUGGCCGUCGAAGCCUACUCCAUCGCCUGAGCAUGUAUCAUGGCAAUCCUCUGAGCCGGUCAGGCAGUUUCAGCCGUCUAGGUCCAAUGAAGCUGCUCAACUCUCGCUGCUGACUUCUGUCUCCGACCAACCUUCUGUAUCUCAGCAAAUUCGCUCGACUCAGUCACAUUCAGUCUCUAAACCGCAGCCGGUCUCUAAGCCAUUCCCUGUGUCUCAACCAUCACAGAAGCCUAAGCCUUUCUUGGUGUCUCAACCACCACCGACCUCUAACCCAUUCCCGGUAUCUCAGCCAUUAUCAAACUCUAAGCCAUUCCCUGUCUCUCAGUCAUCGCAAAAGCUUAAGCCUUUCCCGGUGUCUCAACUACCACCGACCUCUAACCUAUUCCCGGUGUCUCAACCAUCAUCAAACUCUAAGCCAUCAUUCCCGGUGUCUCAGUCAUCGCAAAAGUCUAAGCCUUUCCCGGUCUCUCAGCCAUCACAAAAGCCUAAGCUUUUCCCUGUGUCGCACUCAUCACAAAACUCUAACCCAUUCCCGGUGUCUCAGCCAUCACCGACCUCUAAUUCAUUCCAUGUGUCUCAGCCAACACCAAACUCUAAGCCAUUGCCGGUAUCUCAGCCACCACGGACCUCUCAACCAUUCCCGGUGUCCCAGCCAACAACAAAUUCUAAGCCAAUGCCGGUGUCUCAACCAUCAUCCACUGCUACACCAUUCUUAGAAUCUCAGCCACCACCAGCCUCUAAGCCAUUACCGCCAUCUGCAACUUCUAAGCCAUUCCCGGUAUCUCAGUCAUCUACAAUCUCUAAGCCAAUGCCAGUGUCUCAGUCAUCGCAAAAGUCUAAGCCUUUCCCGGUCUCUCAGCCAUCACAAAAGCCUAAGCCUUUCCCUGUGUCGCACUCAUCACAAAACUCUAACCCAUUCCCGGUGUCUCAGCCAUCACCGACCUCUAAUUCAUUCCAUGUGUCUCAGCCAACACCAAACUCUAAGCCAUUGCCGGUAUCUCAGCCACCACGGACCUCUCAACCAUUCCCGGUGUCCCAGCCAACAACAAAUUCUAAGCCAUUGCCGGUGUCUCAACCAUCAUCCACUGCUACACCAUUCUUAGAAUCUCAGCCACCACCAGCCUCUAAGCCAUUACCGCCAUCUGCAACUUCUAAGCCAUUCCCGGUAUCUCAGUCAUCUACAAUCUCUAAGCCAAUGCCAGUGUCUCAGUCAUCGCAAAAGUCUAAGCCUUUCCCGGUCUCUCAGCCAUCACAAAAGCCUAAGCCUUUCCAUGUGUCGCACUCAUCACAAAACUCUAACCCAUUCCCGGUGUCUCAGCCACCACCGACCUCUAAUCCAUUCCCGGUGUCUCAGCCAACACCAAACUCUAAGCCAUUGCCGGUAUCUCAGCCACCACGGACCUCUCAACCAUUCUCGGUGUCCCAGCCAGCAAUAAAUUCUAAGCCAUUGCCGGUGUCUCAACCAUCAUCCACUCCACCACCAGCCUCUAAGCCAUUCCCGGUAUCACAGCCACAGCCGCCACCAACAUCUAUGCAAUUCCCGGUGUCACAGCCACCACAAACAUCUAACCCAUUUCGAGUAUCUCAGCCACCUGCAACUUCUAAGACAUUGCCGGUAUCUCAGCCACCUACACCCUCUAAGCCAUUGUCGGUAUCUCAGCAACCUACAACCUCGAAGCCAUUUCCGGUGUCUCAGUCAGCUGAAGCCUCUAGUUCUCCUUCUUUACUGCAUCCUGCCUUCAAUACAACUCAAUCAUUCCAGCCACCUCCGGUCACUAUGACUCCCUCUCCGGCUCCAGCGGAGACUACUAAUCAAUCUCCGGCUCUGCCUCCGCUAGUCUCUCAGCCAAAUUGGGUCCCUAACGAAACCCCAUCUACUGAGCAGACUCCAAAUAGCGGUGCUGCAAGAUCUGAUUUUGACCCAAAGGUUUCGACUUUCUGGACGACUUGUCCUUACUGCUUUGUCCUCUACAAGUAUCCCAACACUUACGAGGAGAGUGUGCUUCAAUGCCAAAAUAAGAGCUGCAGGAGAGCUUACCAGGCGGUGAAGGUUCUUUCUCCACCACCUCCAAUUGCUGGAGAAGAUAGUUACUAUUGCUGUUGGGGUUUCUAUCCAAUAGGAUUCUCAGAGAUUACUAAAUUCUCAGUUCAUGAUUUACCCAAAUCAGCACCAAGAAGAUUUCCACAGGCGACUAAGAUCUCAGUCAAUGAUUUACCUAAAUCAGCACCAAGAGCAUUUCCA